AUGGAAAAGCCAAAGAGCUUGCUCCGUGAAUACCUUUUCAUUGGCGUGGUGUGUGCUGCUCAGUUCAUGACACAGGCAGGCCUUGCCAUUGCCAUUGUCCCUCUUCAUAUCAUUGGUGAUAGCUUUCACGUCACCAAUCCUGGGCAGUUAAGCUGGUAUGCCGCGGCUUACAGUUUAACUGUUGGCACCUUCAUUCUCAUUGCUGGAAGACUCGGAGACCUCUAUGGACAUAGACUUAUGUUUAUUGGUGGUUUUGCGUGGUUUGGCCUGUGGUCCCUCCUUGGAGGAUUUUCCGUAUGGUCGAACCAAAUCUUCUUCGAUAUUUGCCGUGCAUUACAAGGUAUUGGACCGGCCUUCUUGUUACCAAAUGCCCUGGCUAUACUUGGACGCACAUACCCCGCCGGUCCUCGGAAAGAUAUGGUUUUCAGUAUCUUUGGGGCGACCGCACCAUGCGGAUACACUAUCGGGGGUGCGUUCUCGGCUCUUCUAGCUGAGCGCGCCUGGUGGCCAUGGGGAUAUUGGAUAAUGGGAAUUUUCUGCAUUGCUUUUUCGGUCUUUGGGUUCCUGGCUAUCCCCAAAUCACCGUCUCCGAAACUUUUGGACCAGACGCCAUGGUGGGUCAAAUGUGAUCUGCUGGGGGGUGCACUCGGUGUUGCCGCCCUGCUUCUCAUUAAUUUCGCUUGGAAUCAAGGACCAAGCGUCGGCUGGCCGACCGUCUAUGUCUACGUUCUUUUGAUCAUCGGAUUUUUGUGUCUAGUUCUGUUCUUGUGGAUUGAGCUGCAUGCAACCUGCCCUUUACUUCCUCGGGAGAUCUUUUCUGAGGAUGUUGCGUGGGUACUAGGCUGUAUAGCUGCCGGUUGGUCUAGCUUUGGGGUUGUGGUCUUUUAUUUUUUCCAAUUCAUGGUAGUAGUCAAGGGAGAGGCACCGCUUCUGGUGCUUGCGAAGUGGUCACCAUCGGCUGUAUCUGGUGUUAUCGCUGCAGUUACAACUGGGUUUGUUCUGGCCCACCUGCGUCCCAGCGUAAUCAUGCUGAUCGCCAUGCUUGCAUUUACGGGUGGUCAAAUCCUCUUAGCUACGCUGCCUGCUCACCAAACAUACUGGGCUCAGGCAUUUGUCCUUUCUAUCUUGACCCCAUGGGGCAUGGACAUGUCUUUCCCAUCCGGAACACUAAUUCUCAGCAAUAGCAUGCCACGGGAGCAUCAAGGGCUUGCUGCGUCACUUGUCAACACCGUUGUGAACUACUCUAUCUCGAUCGGACUCGGGCUUGCUGGAACCGUCGAAAUCCAAGUGAACCACGGCGGUAAAGACCCAUUACGAGGCUAUCGGGGUGCAAGCUACAUGGGAAUUGGCCUCGCUGGUCUGGGGGUUGGUGUUGCGACUAUGUUCGUCAUUCGAAGCUUGACUCGACGUGGCAAGACCCACUCCACAACCCUGGCGGAUAAUUCGAGCAUUGAAGAAGGUUGA